AUGACUACAGUUCGCAUUUGUGUCUGCGGUGACGAAGGCACUGGAAAAUCGAGCCUCAUAGCCUCGCUGGUCAAAGACCAGUUCAUCAACAAUAAGAUCCAAUCUGUCCUGCCGCAAAUCACCAUACCACCCAGCAUAGGAACGCCAGAAAAUGUCACUACCACAGUCGUUGAUACCUCGGCACGCCCGCAAGAUCGCACAACGUUGCGAAAAGAAAUUCGAAAAUGCAACGUCAUUCUCCUGGUAUACUCGGAUCACUAUAGCUACGAGCGCGUCGCUCUCUUCUGGAUGCCGUAUUUCCGAUCAUUAGGCGUCAACGUUCCUGUUGUGCUCUGCGCAAACAAGUCUGACCUUGCAGGCCAAUCCGACACGCCGCAAGUUGUCGAGGAGGAACUGUUACCAGUCAUGGCAGAAUUCCGGGAAAUCGACUCUUGCAUUCGAACGAGCGCCCGCGAGCACCGCAACGUCAACGAAGUCUUCUUCCUCUGCCAAAAAGCCGUCACACACCCAAUCGCACCUUUAUUCGACUACAAGGAAGGAAAGCUCAAACCGGCUUGUGUGGCCGCUCUCAAGCGCAUCUUCUUCCUGUGUGACAAGGACCAGGAUGGGUAUCUCAACACGAAGGAAAUGCGAGAUUUUCAACUCAAAUGUUUCGAUAAGCCGCUGACCGACGACGACCUCGAGAAUAUUAAGCUCUCCAUUGCAAAGACUCUGCCUCAAGUAAAUAUGGAACCCGGUAUCGACUUGCAGGGUUUUCUGCAACUCAACAAGCUUUAUGCUGAAAAGGGUCGCCAUGAGACCAUCUGGAUUAUCCUGCGCCAAUAUCAUUACACCGACAGCUUGAGUUUGGAAGAUAAGUUCCUGCAUCCCAAGUUUGAAGUUCCCGAAUUCGCUUCGGCUGAGCUUAGUCCCGCCGGUUACCGCUUCUUUGUCGAUCUAUUUCUGCUCUUUGAUAAGGAUAACGACGGAGGCUUGAACGACAAAGAGCUGGAAGCACUGUUUGCUCCUACACCCGGCCUGCCUGCAUCUUGGAUCGAAUCCUCUUUCCCAUCGAGCACUGUGCGAAAUGAAGGGGGCCACAUUACUCUUCAAGGCUGGUUGGCACAAUGGAGCAUGACUACCUUCUUGGAACCUCAUACGACUAUCUCAUACCUGGCAUACCUUGGUUUCGAACCCUCGAACCCCAAGGACUCUAUCACAGCGGCUCUCAAGAUCACAAAAGCGCGCAAGAGAAGACGCCGUCCAGGUCGUGUCGAGAGAAAUGUCGUGCUUUGCUACUUGAUCGGAGCUCCCGCAGCUGGCAAGUCGUCAUUACUGGACGCAUUUUUGAACCGGCCAUUCGACAGCUUGUACCGCCCAACCAUCAAGCCACGACGCACAGUCAACAGCGUCGAACUGCCUGGAGGCAAGCAAGUCUACAUGAUCUUUGAGGAGCUCGGCGAACUUGAACCAGCGAUCCUGGAAAACCAAUCCAAGCUGGGUGCUUGCGACCUCAUCUGUUAUGCAUACGAUUCUUCUGACCCGGAUUCAUUCUCGCAUAUUGUUGACAUGCGAAAAAAGUAUCCCCACCUCGACGAGCUUCCCUCCGUGUACACGGCUCUCAAGGCCGACAGGGAUAAAACGACUCAACGCAGCGAGCUCCAGCCCGACCAGUACACCGCGGCCCUCAAUAUGAGCACCCCACUGCACGUCAGUGUCACAUGGAACAGCAUUACCGAGCUGUUCGUCGCCCUCGCCGAGGCGGCCACCAACCCCAGCACGGGCUUUCCCAAGAGCGAAGAGGAGGCCCCCGACCGCAGCGGGCUGUACAUUGCUCUGGGAGCCACGACAUGCGCUGUUGUCGCCGCAGCCAUGAUCUGGCGCCGAUCUACCAACUCUGCUUAA